AUGGCAUAUAGAAGAAGGCAGGUUGUAUCCAGGAGUUCCACCUUCAAGGAAGAGAUUAAUGUUAAUGGGAAUGAAUUAUUAGAUGAUCAUAAUAAGAAUGAUGGUUCAAUUAGCGCUCCUCCAUUUUUGUCCUCUAUUCAUAAUUCCUUAGCAACUCCCUCCUUUAAUAAUUCCCUUGCUGCUCAAGCCAUCAAAGCUUCUGCUGCUCGUCGAGACCCCUCUCAUUCACUUGCUCUCGCCAAUUCUUCUCUUCCUCUUCAACAUGAAAAUCAUAACAGAUCCAAGAGCUUUGAUUCUUACGGCGAUGCUUCCAAAUCUGGUUUUUGGGGCGUCCUCGCGCAGAAAGCUAAAGAUAUUUUGGACGAUGAUAAUCCGCCCACACAACUUCCUGAUCAUGACAUCCAAAAACUGAGAUCACAAUCUUUUAAUACCACAAUCAUGCCUCCUGGUGGAACUCAGGAUAUUGGAAAAAUUGGUGAGAGUAACCUUAAAGGAUGUGAAGACGUGAAUCAAUUAAUGUGGAAUCCAUGGCAACAACAAUCCAAACAGACACUUGGGACCACCAAUUCUCAAUCUGUCCAUGAAACACAACUCAAGGCUUCUCGCGACGUGGCAAUGGCAACCGCUGCGAAAGCAAAGUUACUUCUGCGAGAGCUUAAGACGGUGAAAGCAGACUUGGCUUUCGCCAAAGCGCGAUGUUCACAACUAGAAGAAGAAAAUAAACUACUGCGUGACAAGGAAGGUCGUGAGAAGGGGCAAAAUCGUGCAGAUGAUGAUCUGAUUCGUCUUCAAUUAGAGACACUUCUUGCUGAGAAAGCUCGAUUGGCUAGUGAGAAUGAAGUGAACUCUCGUGAAAACCGUUUUCUACGAGAAAUUGUGGAAUACCAUCAGCUGACUAUGCAGGAUGUGGUGCAUUUUGACGAAGAUAUGGAAGAUGACCCUGAGCUUUAUGGGCCCAUAGAUACCACUUAUGGACCUCAGAUGUUAUCUCCACGCUCUCAAUUACCAGGUCGAAGCACGCAUUCACAAUCAAUAUUUGAUGUACCACCACCAGAACAACAACAACAACAAGAUCAGAAUACAUCAUCAUCGUCAUCACAAGAUGAAGCUAUCCCUAAUCCUAGUAUCCCACCCUCUGUUUCUAAGGAUCAACAUGCAAAAUGAUUCAUCAUUUUCAUUGAUAUAGCUUAGCCUAAUUAGACAUGUUUUUGAUACCAUUGAAAUACAUAAUCAAUGAAUGCAUAUUUUCUCUGUUAUAAAUAGAUACCAAACUAAAGGGAAUAUAAGCGGCAUGGAAUGGCAUGGCCCGAGGAUUAGUCAUAAGUGUUGUUUUUCCGGCCAACUAUAUAUACUUGUUAAU